GGUCACAGAAGUAGUAAGUUAGAAGCCUGUGGGGGACCUGAGGAGUGCUGUCCUGGAGGCUGCCAGCCCAGCUGUUGAGAUGGAAGCCUCACAUGGGCAGGGGAGUGAAGUAGCCAAGCCAUUAGAGAAGGUGGGGAGUGUCCCCUGCUUAGAGAGGAGCUUCAGUACCGUUCCCACUGGAGAUGCUCUGGUCCGUCAUGCCAAGGGCCUGAGCCAAGAUACCUUCAAAAUUUGUAAAGAGUACCUGAGGCCUCUGAAGAAGUUCCUGCGAAAGCUGAAUCUGCCCAAGGACCUUCCCCAGAAGAAGCGGAUAAAGUUUACAAAGCGGAGCCUGGAGGCCCUAGGCGACCACAUCAACACCUUUCUGCAGCAUUACUGCCGAGCCUGGGAGAUCAAGCACUGGAAAAAGAUGCUCUGGCGAUUUGUCUCCCUCUUCUCAGAACUGGAGUCAAAGCAGCUUCGUCGGCUCUACAAGUACACCAAAGCCAACCACACAGCCAAGUUCCUGGUCACGUUCUGUCCUUUGGAUGCACCAGAGAGAUCCUUGCUGGCCAGCCAGGAGGACAGUCUCCCCAGACUCUGCAGCGCCUGGGGGUUGCAUGGAAAUAUCAGCGGCAUGAAGGAGAGGCUGUCCAAGAUGCAGGCCCCUGGCCAAGAGUCCUCAAGAGGAGAUUUUUUAAGGAAACUUCCUCAAAGACCAAAGCUGAAGAAAAGGCAGAUUAAAGAAAGCCUGGGAACUCCCAAGAGCUACCUGUGA